AGAGUCUGAGGAAACGAAUAAACUCUCAGUCUUAUGAUAGAUAGGUUGAAAACGAGUGGAGAAGAAAAGCAUAGCAUGAUGAAAUUUGGUAACUCUUAUAAUAAUGGAAAGAGGCUCUUGGGUUUUCUCGGAAGAGCCCGAAAUUUAAUCGGCGUAGCGUCCACCACAGUUGCGGCGGCGUUGCUUUCUUCCAGCUCUGCGAGUUCCGGUUCCAAAAUCGCGGCUAUGGACGAUCUUGGUCUUCAAAACCUGAGGACCAAGCUCUGCAUCAUCGGAAGUGGCCCAGCCGCCCACACCGCCGCCAUAUACGCCGCCCGGGCGGAGCUGAGGCCAAUCCUUUUCGAAGGAUGGAUGGCCAACGAUAUUGCGCCGGGCGGACAGCUCACUACCACUACCGAAGUUGAGAAUUUCCCCGGCUUCUCAAACGGCAUCCUCGGAAUGGAUCUCAUGGACCGGUGCCGCAAUCAAUCUAUCCGUUUCGGAACGCAGAUUUUCACCGAGACUGUUAGCAAAGUCGAUUUCUCCACUAAUCCUUUCAAGAUUUUCACUGAUUCAAAAGCCGUACUCGCCGACUCUGUAGUUGUCGCCACAGGAGCUGUUGCGAAGCGUUUGUCGUUCCCAGGCUCCGGCGAUGCACCGGGAGGAUUUUGGAAUCGGGGCAUAUCGGCUUGUGCAGUUUGCGACGGCGCCGCCCCCAUUUUCAGGGAUAAGCCGUUGGCGGUGGUCGGAGGUGGCGAUUCAGCCAUGGAGGAAGCGAUUUUCCUCACCAAAUACGGCUCUAAAGUGCAUAUCAUCCAUAGACGAGACGCAUUUAGAGCUUCAAAAAUCAUGCAGCAGCGAGCCCUGAGCAAUCCGAAAAUCGAGGUGGUUUGGAACUCUGUGGUGGUUGAGGCCUAUGGCGACGGAGACAAGGGAGUUUUGGGAGGUCUGAAAGUGAAAAACGUUGUUAGUGGAGAGGUAUCCGAUUUGAAGGUUUCUGGGUUAUUCUUUGCAAUUGGGCAUGAACCAGCAACCAAGUUCUUGGAUGGGCAGCUUCAACUGGAUUCUGAUGGGUACAUCGUGACGGAUCCGGGGUCGACUCGGACCAGCGUUCGUGGAGUUUUUGCAGCCGGGGAUGUACAGGACAAGAGAUAUAGACAGGCCGUUACUGCUGCUGGAACUGGUUGCAUGGCUGCUUUGGAUGCAGAACAUUACCUGCAAGAGAUUGCUUCUGAAAAGAGUAAACUCUAAAUUUUGAUCAUGUAGCUGAGAUUUUUGCAUUAAUGGAUCCUCAAUAAUUCAAACACUAAACCCCAUUUAAGUAUUAUUUCAUAGGUACAAUCCUUAAUGGUUCUUUUGAUGGAUUUGAUUUAUAUGGUAUUGAAGGUGUUGUUUAGUAGACAAUCUAGAAAAACAUAAUAGAGUUAUAUUUCAUGUUUUCAGA